AUGGGUUCUCAAAACGAGCACGACGACACAUCGCUCAUGCAAUUGGAGCAUCCUCUCAAAAUCUUUGACCUGGUCAAGAGUCAAGGCAGACUGCUCUACGCUUGCGCGCCUAUGGUGAGGUACAGCAAACUCGCUUUCAGACAGACGGUACAUGCCUACGGAACGGAUCUAUGCUGGACUCCCAUGAUUUUAGCGAAGGAGUUCAACCGCAGCUUCAUUGCUCGAGACAGCGACUUCACCAUCUCGACAGCGGGACCACGGGUGCCGACAAUAGUCCAGUUUGGCGCCAACUCACCCUUGGAAGUAGCCCGCGCGUCGUCCCUGGUCGCACCUUAUGUGAACGGCGUCGACCUCAACUGUGGCUGCCCCCAAUCGUGGGCCUGCGCGGAGACUCUCGGCGCUGCUCUGAUGGAGAAGCGAGAGCUGGUCAGGGACAUAGUGCUCGAGACACGGCAAAGACUGAGGAGUGAAGGGUGGGCCGUAGGAAAGGAGGAAGACAUCAACAAUCCGAAGGGAAGGAGCGUGAGUGUGAAGAUAAGAGUACACAAGGAUCUCAGAAAAACCAUGGACUUCAUAGAGACAGUAAUAGGUAACUCCCAAGAUCGCAACAUCGAUUUCCUAACCAUCCAUCCUCGCACCCGCAACACACCAUCAACGACGCCCAUAAAUCUCGAGGCAUUGGAGCUCCUCACCAACAAGUAUGGAGACCAACUCCCUAUCCUUGUAUCGGGCGACGUGUUCUCCAUGGGGUCACUGCCGUACGCAUCACCACUCCCCUCUGUCGAGAUCGAGGGAAGUAUCAAACCACAUCUGCCCAAAUUGGCGGGUCUUAUGUCCGCCCGAGCUCUCCUCGCAAACCCGGCUCUGUUCGCCGGUUAUGAAUCCUGCCCCUGGGAGGCGGUCCAGCUGUUCAUGAACAAGGUUGUGAGAGCGCCCCUGCCGCUGAAACUUGUCCAGCAUCACCUUGGUGAGAUGUGCGGGCCAGGUUACGGUCCCGACAAAAGAUCAUUGCUCAACGAGAAGUUGAAAGACAGAGGCAACAAGGAGGGGGUAGGCAGGGCCAUUUCACCAUCUGUAUAG